AUGAGAGUUCAAUUUAUAAUAAUAAUAAUAAUAAUAAUAAUAAUAAUAAUAAUAAUAAUAAUAAUAAUAAUAAUAAUAAUAAUUCUUUUUUUUUUUUGGACUUUACAUAUAUAUAUAUAUAUAUAUAUAUAUAUAUUAGAAAUUUGUUUUUUUUUUUUUUUGGCUAUAUUUGAGUUUUUUUCCUUUUUUUAUUCCCGAUUUUCUGGUGCUUUUUUAGUCAUUAUAUAUAUAUAUUAUUAUUAUUAUUUAAAGUGCACACAGGAAAAAAUGUCUCUGGAAAUUAAUCGCCAGUUUUUGAUGGGUGAUGGCUCGAAAGUAACUGAACCAGUGAUACCUUAUAUUUCUAUAGAUACAACGAAAAUUCUAGAGGCACACAAAAAACCUUAUUUAACCAAAGCAGAGCAUUUGAAAUUUACUGGUGAGAUUAGUUGUUUAUGCACAGUGGGUUCCACCAUAUGGGUGGGUGAAGUGUCAGGGAAGGUAAGUGUAGUGGAAGUAGAUACCGGAAAGUUUCUUAAUAUCGUAUUAGAUCACAGAGGUGCGGCUGUAAUCGUGAUGCGUACAGCCCGAGGUUAUGUUUGGGCCGGGUUUGCGGACGGCUAUUUGCGUGUUUUUAAUUCAUUAACCAUAGAACUGUUAUUUGAAAAAAAAUUUCAUAAGGAUUGUAUCACCGACAUUGCCUUAUCUCAAAAUUGUGACACGGCGUAUUCCUCUUCGCUAGACUCGUAUGUGUGUUAUUGGAACACAUCUUUUUUUGCAAUUGAAAGCCCUCGAGUGUUGGGUGAUUGCAGAGGUGCUGUGCGUUCAUUGGUUCUUUUUCAUGAUCUUUUGUUUUCUGGUGGUGAUGAUUCAAAAAUCAUUGAGUGGAAUACAGUUUCAAAGGAACGGAAGCAUGUUUUGGCUGCCCAUUCUACACCUAUUCUUGUCUUAACCAUUUGCAAUAAUUUUUUGUGGAGCGGGUCGGAAGAUGGGGUUGUGUGCAUAUGGAGUUUAUCCGACUUGGAUGGUGGAUCACCAGAGUGCAUUCAUAUGAUCACAAAUCCUCAUGAAGGCCCUAUAACAAUUUUGAAGACUGUGGGAUUAAAGGUUUGGUCUGUAUCAAUGGGUCAGGUUUACAUUUGGAAUUCUUCUUCUUUUGAAUUAGAGGUGCAUUGUCGAUUAAGCAAAGAGCACCAUGCCUUUUUAAAUGUAAUGGAGACUGUAUCGCAGGCGUUUUGUAGCAAGACAUGGAUUGCUUAUAAAAACACUGGAGAUAUUACUAUUGUUCAAUCUGAUGACCUUUUACCUUUGCCGCUGCAAAAUCUGUGUUUUUGGGGCGAUGUGAAAGAUACUAAAGAUAAGGAUCAGUUUAUUGACCAGCUUCUCGAGUCUCAAAAAUCAUUAACUUCUGAACUUUUAGUCUUACGUGCGAAACUUGCAACAUUAACGCCUCAACAAUGUCAAAAAGAGGCUACUGACAGGUUUGAGCUGGCGAAAAGUGACGGAACAGAAAAAGCAACUUUGUUAAAUGCCGUUCCGAAAUCUUUUUUUUUUGAUUCUAAUGAAAUUAUGGAUAAUAUGACCAAUUUGACCUCGUUGAGGUCAAAUAAAGACGAUCAUGGUUUAUCCAAUAUUCCUUUUUCUAUUGAAGGAACAAAUUAUUCAAAUUUCGCAUCUCAUAUGCCUCGAUACGCUAUGGUUGAUACUCAUGCGUUGCUUGAAAGGCUGAUUUACUUCCGUGAACAGGUCGGGGAAAUUAUUGGCUCAAGUGAAUUUUCGUAUGAAAAUAACUGUUUGUAUUUAACUGAUGAAAAGGGCCGACCACCCAUUCCGAUUGGCUUUAUUACCCUUUCUGAGCUUACGGAGAAGGAGCGUAUUACAUUAAUGAAUAUAUGUGGAGGAUCACGUCCGCCGUUUUUGAUUCCGGCCCUAACUCCCACUAAUCAGGCGGAAAUUUGUCAAUUUAUUAGGGGUAUUACGUCUAGAUUGCGUGGAUAUCGCUCUAUACCGUCUUUGGCUUCAUCGGAAAAACGAAUAUUAAUAAAUGAUUCUAGUAACAGUGUCCAUGCACUGGGCAAACCAACAAAGUGUCUUUCUUUUUUUGAGUCAGAGCCGGAUGGCGUUGGUUUUCCGCCACUAUCAUUUUAUCUAAAUAAAAUUAUUUGUGAAGUAAUGGUGGGGGCACGGCGAAUUUCUCAAAACUACAACUCGCGAUUGUCAAAUAAAAGGGUGGACUCUAUGGGAAAGGCGUUUCAGGGCUUGAAACAAAGAAGAGAUGCAGGGCAGAAGCAAUCAUCACUAUCAUAUGGGAUAAAGGAAACCGAAAGCAAUGAAGGUUUAGCUUUUUUUUCUCCCGAUGUGGAUGUCUUGUCUUUAAAAGAGCACUUUUUGCCAUUGAAUGAUGGACCGCAGUCUAAGGGGAGCGAUGAUGAUAGAAGAAACGCGACUUUAAUGCAGCGAAUAACUUUUCUAAAACGCCAAUUGGUAGGGUGCGUUACCUCACAUUCAUCCAAACAGGUUAAGACCUGUGCUAGGAAUCUUCCACCCUUAACCUACACCGAUGAAUUUUCUGAUAUGGAAAGCGAAAUGGAAGAGCUUAGUGCGAUUUCUUUUGGCCUUAUAAGACGAUUGUGUCGGCUUGUGGAGAAAUUAGAGACCGAGAUGCAAGAACAGAAGGUAUUGAAGAGCAUUUUUGGAGCUGUUGAUGAUAGUUGUAGGAAGAACCACACAGAUGACACCCGUCAACAGUUUCCAGGUCUACUCUCCUUAUUCAACAGGAUGCAAGAGAGCAACCUUGUUGCUCACGAAUUUGUUAUUCAGCAUCUCUUGGAAGUGGGUGGAAAAAUUGCACUCCAAUACGGGUGCCUUAUGGAAACAAUGUUGCAGCGUCAAAAUCCCUCUGCGUAUUCCUCAAUUUCCUGGGGAUAUGAAUCAGGGCGAAGCAAUGUCCAAUCUUCUUCCUUAUUGGACUCCUUGAAUGAGUAUAGUAUACUCGUUGAAAAGGUUCACGCGGUGGAGGCAGUGUUUUUUGCGGACCGGACAUAA